GUUAAAGAAAUCAUGCGAACUUUGCUUCAUCUUCUAAAUCACUCCCCCUUUUCCACUCUCUCCUUCCUCCGUUCCUCAUCUCGAUCUUCUGCAAAUUCAUACAAUCCCCGCCACUCAACCCUUCGAAGCUUUGCACUUAUGGCCGAUGACCUCGUCAGAGGAAACGUGCUCCAAAACGGCGUCGCUCUCAUCACUCUCGAUCGCCCCAAAGCACUUAAUGCCAUGAAUUUAGAUAUGGACGUCAAAUAUAAGAGUUACCUUGAUGAAUGGGAAUUGGAUCCCAGAGUGAAGUGCGUUUUGGUUGAAAGCAGCUCAUCUCGCGCAUUCUCAGCAGGAAUGGAUAUUAAGGGUGUUGCUGCUGAGAUUCAAAAGGACAAAUCUGGUGAUGUGAAGCAGAUUGCAACAAAAAAUCAACUGUCAGACAUGAUUGAGGUGUUCACUGCGGAAUAUUCUCUUAUAUGCAAAAUAUUUGAGUACAAAAAGCCUUAUAUCUGUUUCAUGGAUGGUAUUACAAUGGGAUUUGGCAUUGGACUGUCUGGUCAUGGUCGAUACAGGCUCAUAACUGAGAAAACAGUCCUUGCUAUGCCAGAAAAUGGUAUUGGGUUAUUUCCAGAUGUUGGCUUUGCUUAUAUAGCAGCAAAAAGUCCUGGAGAAGGAGCAGUAGGGGCCUAUCUUGGAUUGACUGGAAAUAGAAUAUCAACGCCAGCUGAUGCUCUAUAUGUUGGUCUGGGAAGUCAUUAUGUUCCUUCUGGGAGCUUGGCUGCACUAAAGGACGAUCUCCUGGCGACCACCUUUUCUGAGGACCCUGAUCAUGACAUCAGAGCACUGGUGGAAAAAUAUAGCAGAAAUCCGGAGUCCGAACCUCGUUUGAAGUUGCUUUUACCCCGGAUAAUUUCAACCUUUGGAAGUAACAAAUCCGUUAAGGAGGUUAUAAAGGAGCUGGAAAAUCAUCAGCUAAGUGGUGAUUCACUGGUGGCAGAAUGGGCUAAGGAUGCCCUGCAAGGGCUCAAGAAAGGAGGCCCCUUUUCUCUCUGCCUCACAGAUAAACAUUUUUCAAGAGUUUCUUCUGCUCAAGGCAACAAUAAUGACGAGUUAUCCAAGCUGACUGGUGUUAUGAAAACUGAAUAUCGAAUUGCAAUAAGGUCUUCUCUUCGAAAUGAUUUCUCAGAAGGCGUCCGAGCUGUCUUAGUGGACAAAGAUCAGAAUCCCAAGUGGAAUCCGCCAAGCCUAGACGAAGUGAAUCCUGCUGAAGUGGAAGCUCUUUUUGAACCUUUGGGGCCAGAAAUCGGGGAAUUGAAUGUGUGAGUGGUGACUGCAACGCUUCCCAGCUAUGCUACUAAAGAUUCUCAGCUAUUUGGAAUAAGAUGAGAGUUUGAUUUAUCGGUGGAUAAACAGUGUUUAGGCAAAUGCUUUCCAUGUUAUUAAAGUAAAGCUGAAGAUCCAGACUUAAUAGAGUACUUUUCAAGUAGCACCAUGUGCGUUGUCCGUCCGAAAACUUGUCUGACUCUAAUUUUUCGAAAUAAAAAGUACGUAAUUUGAAAA